CGAUGGUCUGAGAAGAAAAUUCCGAGCAAGUCUAUGUGUUUACAUAUACCCAACUUUCAAGAUCGUACUGGAAUUCAAAAGAGGAAAGUGCUUUUUAUUCUUGUUGGAGAACACAGUCUUUGUAAAUAUCCUAAUUGUCAACAAUACUGGACAGUGUUGCUUGAACUGUAGCGUUACUGCGAUUGCGAUUGCUAACCUAGGUUAACUAGCUUAGCUAGUUAGCUAACGGAUUCUUUCCAAGUUGAGCUCCUGACAAACUGACUUGGUGAUAUAGCACCUAUCCAACACGCUGCUGAAGUGCGCUAGCUAGCCAACUGGCUAUAUUGCUUUUCCAAAUCAGUGAUUGGAUCAAUGAGUCUGAUCAAUGAUGAUUUAUGCGCUAAUAUCGCCGGAGUUACACGAACAACUCCUUGAUCACGAGAACUACCAGAGCCGAACAAAUGGGGUAGAAGAGCUGAAGAACAUUAUUUCAGAGCUGGACUUGAAAACCGUUUCCUCUGACAGUAUUGUGGAAUUCAUCAAUUUUUUACGUAGACUUCUGGAUGAUACAAACUUCAAAGUCUUGUAUGGCACUUUACAGGUUAUCAGCCUCCUGGUUCAAAACCUGGACUACGCCGUGGACAGACAUUAUAAACAGAUUGUAUGUGUGGCCCUCAAAACUUUGGGGGACGCACGGACUGUUCCCCGGAAUGAGUACAUGAAUAUUUUUCGUCACCUCAUGAGGAUUGUAGGUCCACAGAAAGUUUUGGAACUUGUAAUAGGACAGCUAAGGCACAAAAAUUCCAGAGUCAGAGAAGAUGUCAUCAACAUCAUCACAGCUGCUAUGCUCACACACCCCAGAAAAGACUUCAAUAUCCCUAAUCUGUGUUCUGUAGUGGCUCCUUAUCUUGCAGACAAUAAAAAGAGGGUCCGACAUGCUGCUCUGGAGCUCUUUGCUGUUUUUGACUGCUGUCUUGACACAGGAAAAAAACAGCUACUCAUGAAGGCCAUUGACAGGUUGGACUUCACUGGAGAUGUGGAGGGACUUAUGGCUGCAGUACAGGCACGAAGAGCCAGACAUAUUCUCCCCCGAUUGUCUGCAGAUGGUAUGGUGGAAUACGCACUGGUCAUCCCCAAGCCUGGUCAACGGCGAAUACCUCAGUUUGGCUCUGGAGCUGACCUGAACUGGGUUAUUAAUGGAGGGAAAGUUAACAGUGCACAGAGCCACCACACAGAACCAGAUUCGGAUCGACUGAGUGGCUACGGCAGCUUUGGUUCUCUUACAGAUGGCCUCCAGUCACACAAGAGAGUAGUUAGCGCUAGGAAGGCGAAAAACAAGCUACCCUGGGAGAGGUCUUUCCUCCCAUGUUUAGUAAACAAGCAGCCUUGCAGUGCAUCAAAUGCAAAGUUAUCUGAUAAGUUUAGUGUGGAAGAUCUCACUACCUCCUUGAGGCUGAAUCAGAAAAACUGUGGCACAAACUCUGAUUCAGUAGAGCCUUUCCAGCCCGAUGCUCCAGGAUGGAAAAGAGAGACAGUGGGUAGACUUUGUCGAAGCGGUAGCCUUGGUGCGGACCCAGAUAUUUUAAAAGCAGCUAAUCUCAGUGAUUCUGACAGAGGUUUGCCCAAAGCCAACCGCUUGCUGUCUGGUAACCCCAGUGUAGAGCGCACCUUUUCAGUUCCUUCCAAUCCACCCCCCCCCGGGUCUUUUCUGCUGCCCUCCUACCCUCUGGCCACUCUUCCGGGAGUGCAGCUGACUCCCACCCUGCCUCGUAGAUGCCAUGCAAACUCCUCACUGUCCAUGUCCAAUACAUGGCCCAACAAGCGAGAUACGAUCCCUCGUCACAGGGACCCCAGCUCAUGGGGGGAUAAAACAGGUGAAGUUGGAUCCAACAGGUGUUCCCCACUGCCUGCGCGUACUUUGUGGGCGAGCACCAUCUCAUCACCAUCUCAUCAUCCACCCACCUCCCCAGUCAUACGGCAAUCCGUGCAGGAUACCUUGCAGCAAGAGCUGCCUGGUAGGAAUUCCCACCAAGAUGAGGAGCCAGUGGACAGGGAGGAGAUGAUGAACUCCCUUCGCUGCUUGCGUAAUCAUGCGGCAAAGAAGCGAGCCAAGGUAAGCGCGAGUGGCUCUGACCCAGAACCCGACAGCCCGGACUCUGCUGUGAAGCUGGAGCCGAGUACAGACUCCCCCUCUCACACCUCACCAUCUUUGACCAGCCCUCUGAGCGAGAGCAGCCUGUCCAGCCUCUAUUCACCCCCAACUUCCACCAUCACCAAUGGCACCAAGAUCAGCCCUAGGGACUCAGCAGCAAAAACUAUUGCUAGAGUACCAUCAGGAAGACAGAAAACUUCUUCCUCCAUGGAAGCAGGUGCUCAAGAUGUCCAACAGCAAGAAAAGGUUCUUUCUGAUUUGAGCGUAAACGUAGUAGGUCAGAGAGUAGCAUACUGUAAUGGACCAGCAGAGAAAGCAAUGUCGCCUCCACAAACCAGGCCUGCUGGUCGAGAGCCUCUCCGUGCCCUCAGGCCUGUCAAAGGUGAGAUCACUCUUGCUCUUCUGGAAAUGAUCUUAGGUCAGAUGAAACAUUGCUUCUUGAAUAGAGAUGCUAUGUGGUUAUUCAUGUAUGUGUAUUUGUUGGAGAGGGUAAAGCCGUUUAGGUUUGCAAGGGUUAAGAUGCAUCAACAUCGUCUGGAGCAGCAAGAAGUUCCGCCUAUACAGGGGGAGUGGCAGAACAUGCAACGAUUGAAGCAGAACUUUAGACACAUGGCAUUUGACGUGGGCUCAGACGACACGGCAUCUCUGAAAGAUUUGCAGCGCAACGGUAGUGUUCUAGCAUCCACGAAGGCUGAACUCCUGGAUGAUUUGCCCUCGAGCCCCAACAGCACACACGCACCCAGAAGCCUGGUCAAAAGUUUCAUUCGUCCCAGCCCUCCCACGGCUCCUUCCAGACGCAUGCUGCCACGACGCCAACAAGCCCCCAGUCUGAACAGAGCAUGUCCACCCCUUUCAAACUGCUCUGAUGAACUCACACCAGGAACCCCCAGGAAGAAUCCCCAUGAGCAGCUGGCUUUGCGGCCGUUCUCUAAACCGGACCUUGCUGUCACUCAGAGCUUCAGACUGCUUAGCUCUGAUGACUGGGAGAAGAAGAUUGAUGGCCUGAUACUCAUGCGUAGUUUAGCACGGUAUCACUCUGAUGUGCUUAGUAGUAGGCUUCAUGAUGUCUGCCUUGUUCUUAAUCAAGAGGUUCAGAACCUACGCUCUGGAGUGUCACGCGUGGCGGUGGUGACCUUGGGAGAGUUGUACUCUGGCCUGCAGAAAAGUAUGGACCAGGAGGUGGAAGCUACAGCCAAGGUCCUCCUCCACAAAGCAGGAGAGUCCAAUGCUUUUAUUAGGCAGGAUGUGGACACAGCCCUGGACUGCAUGGUGCAGAACUGCACCCCCACCCGAAGCAUGAACGCUCUUCUCGCUGGAGGACUCGGUCAUUUGAAUGCUGCAGUAAGAAAGUGCACUUCUCAGCAUUUGGCUACUUUGAUAGAAAAGAUUGGCGCUGACCGCUUAUUGUCUGGGACAAAAGGUGUGACUAAUCGAAUUCUACCUGCAGUCUCCAAAUUGGCGCAAGACUCUUCCCAAGAAACCAGGUACUUUGGUCGCCGCAUGCUACUGUUCCUUUCGUCUCAUCACGACUUUGAUAAGAUGGUGGAAAAGUACAUCCCUACCAAAGACCUGCCCACCAUCAGGGCCACUGUCCUCACUCUGAAAUCCAAGGUCCCGGGUGAGAAGCCUCAGGAUACCCCUUCAGCUCGAGGCAGGCGCUAUAUCCCUUGCGGUGGAAUGAGCAAAGAUGCCAGCAAAGCACAGGUCCACAGCAUUGCAGACAAGACCAAGUACAUCAAACAGCUUAAAUACACAGACAGGACAAGGUCCAGGUGUGGGAUCCUCCCAACUGUACGUGGCGGGCCAAACCACAUGACUCGCGGGAGAUGAGCGUUCUGUGACACUUAUUGCCAAGGUGCUAUUUAAACAGACUGUGAGCACACAAGGGGUCACUGACUUAUGGCAUGAAGCUGAACUCAGAAUCAGAACAGAAUGACCUCAGCAGCACUCUAGGAAGCCAAUCUGAUAUAUUCAACACUUGCUGUCUGCAGAGAUGCUGAGAAGUGCUUUGCCAAUUCUGUUUGAUGUGUUAUGAGUUAUGCUUAGAGUUAUGAUGCCCACAAGCUGCUGUCAUUUGAGGUGCAUUAGUGCUGGAGGACAGGUGGAGUUUAGCAAGUAAAUAUGGUUGUAGCCAUAUUAUCAA